UGAACGCAGAUCUGGAUCAGUGAUGAAGCAAACACAUAAAACAUGCUUAAGCAGAACCGAUGAAAACUGUGUGGAGUUCAGCGACUCUAAACACGAUCCAGAGCGGCUUCUGUAGCACAUCUUCGGUUUCAGUUUAUGCAAUUACAUGUGUUGUUGCUUAAAUUAUUUAACAAAAGCAAGCUCAUCAGAGCUGAGACCAGCUACAGAGAGAGUUUGAGAGGUCAGAAAGGGAAGAUUUUAAUUUCUUUUCCUCUCUCUGGUCUGAUUAGUGAAGUCCUGAAAGGUGUAAGCAGAAUGUGUAAAGGCGAUUGGACAGAGACGUGCGUGUUUAUUCUCAGUCUCAAACUCAAUACAGAUGUGUCUCAGAGUAGAGGUGUGCAUGAGAAUACAACACCUGGAGGAGAGAGCGAUUUUUACAUUUAAUACAAAAGAAAGGCCUCGUUCGUUAGCAUGAGAAUCUUCAGUAACUGCUUUCUCCUGUUCAGAGUCAUGCUGGAUUAAAUGACAACUGAAUUAAUUUGGAAAAUAUCUGCAGGAGUGAUCGGAGUCGACGUUAUUAGCAUGAAGCAGAAGAGUGAAAGAAAAAACUAUUAUUUACUCAUUAAUGGGUAAUGCAUUAAAAGGUACGUUUUAAAAAGAAAGAAAUAAGAAGGAAUUAACUGGACUUUCUCACAUUUCAGCUGAACACUGCUGAUCUAGAGUUUGUAAUUGGGGUAUUUUUCAUGCAGAUCUGGCAACCCUGAGUUUCUCACGUCAGAGCUGAAGUUGGAGAAGUUGGAUGAGACUCAGAACCUGUAGAAACAGCAGAAACUCAGAGGAAUGACCGCUGUGCGUUAGAGUAAAGCUUCAUUUCUACUUUGGUCACCACUUUUUUACCUAUUCUGGAAUGAGAGUGGAGUGAGCUGCUUGCUUUAUCUGUUAUUUUCCUUCAUCUUCUUCUUCUUUUUUUUUUUUUUUUUAAAGCAGAGUGUUGGUGUUCCAUUGAUGAAGGAUAGCUUUAGUAUAAAUGUGUUUUCAGUCCUGCAUGUUCGCUCAGUUUGGAGAGACAGGACACGAUUCGGCAGCUGAGGACUAAACAACUUUCACACAGCAGUAGUACCUUGGUGCUGAGAUUUGAACUCAUCACCUUCUGGUCUAGAGCCCAGAUCCUUAACCACUGAGUCACUGCAUGCAUGUCAGGAAGUUGUUUUUGUGCUUUCUGGAUUAGAAGGACGCUGGAUUUAACUCACAGACAUCAUGAACCAACACAAGAUGUCAUGGCAAUAAAAGAAGUGGAUUUUAGAGGACAGAGAAAAGCUCGAAUGCCUUUCAGACCUUUAACUCGUCCCAUGUUCCUCACUGUACUUUCUCAUCUCUAUGGACGUGUGUGAUUUCCCUUACGCCCCGCUCACGCCCCCCUGCAGCCAUGUUGUUUCUGUGUGUUCUGUUUGUUAUAUUGGAUCUGGGCGGAGCUCUGUGGGACUGGAUGAAGCCCAAUCAGGUGGAGAGUGACUCGGAUCGUUUCGGCGGCGUGUUUAAACCCAGACCUCCUCCUCAUAUCAUCUUCAUCCUGACUGACGAUCAGGGCUUUAACGAUGUUGGCUACCACAGCGCCGAGCUGCACACCCCCACCCUGGACAAGCUGGCGGCUGAAGGUGUGCGACUGGAGAAUUAUUACGUGCAGCCGCUGUGCACGCCGUCACGCAGCCAGCUCAUCACGGGCAGGUAUCAGAUCCACACGGGUCUCCAGCACUCGAUCAUCCGUCCCCGCCAGCCGAGCUGUAUCCCGUUGAACGUGUCCACGCUGCCACAGCGUCUUCAGGAAGCUGGUUACUCCACCCACAUGGUGGGAAAAUGGCACCUAGGCUUCUACCGUAAACGCUGCCUCCCAACGCGCCACGGCUUCCACACCUUCUUCGGCUCGCUGACGGGAAGCGUAGAUUAUUACACGUUCUACUCGUGCGAUGGGAAAUCUCUGUGCGGCUUUGACUUGCACGACGGCGACUCGUUAGCGUGGAGCAAAGCGGGAAAAUACUCAACUCACCUGUACACUCAGAGAGUGCGCAAGAUUUUAGCAACACACGAUCCGUCUCAGCCGAUAUUCAUCUUCCUGUCCCUUCAGGCGGCUCAUGCUCCUUUAAAACCGCCCAAAUCCUAUAUUUAUCCGUAUCGCGCCAUGGGGAACGUCCCACGCAGGAAAUACGCAGCGACAAUCUCCAUCGUGGACGAGGCAGUGCACAACAUCACGUAUGCGCUACGCAAAUACGGCUACUAUCGCAACUCUGUCAUAAUUUUUUCCACAGAUAACGGAGCGCAGCCGUUCACCGGAGGGAGCAACUGGCCCUUAAGAGGGCGCAAGGGGACUUACUGGGAGGGCGGAGUCAGAGCGGUGGGGUUUGUGCACAGCCCGCUAAUACGAUACAAGCGCAGGAUUAGCAAAGCACUAAUCCACAUCACGGAUUGGUUCCCGACUCUCGUACGGUUGGCCGGAGGAAAUAUUUCACAGAAUGAGAAAUUGGACGGUUUUGACAUUUGGCCCAUUAUCAGUGAGAAUAAAGCAUCUCCCAGGUUUGAAAUCUUACACAACAUCGAUCCUCUGCAUCGGCGCGGUUUAGGGUCACUGCAGGAAGGCAAGGGAUUGUGGGAUACGGCAGUCCAGGCGGCCAUAAGAGUCGGAGAUUGGAAGCUUCUGACCGGAGAUCCAGGUCACGGAGACUGGAUCCCUCCUCAGGUGUUAACCAGCUUCCCGACUGGAUGGUGGAACCUGGAACGAGGGAACGUGGACAAGGAAAAGAAGUCGAUUUGGCUCUUUAAUAUCACGGCAGAUCCAUGUGAGAGAAACGACCUAGCGGAGAACCGACCCGACGUGGUGAAGAGGCUCCUCCAGCGCCUGGCCUUCUACAACAGCACAGCCACAGCGGUCCGGUACCCGCCCGACGACCCGCGCGCCGAUCCGCAGCACAAUGGUGGGGCCUGGAGACCGUGGGUGAAGGACGAGGAGAACGAGGUGAAUUGGGAGGGAGUUUACUACAGGCGAGGAAGGAACCGGAAGAGGAAGAAGUGCAGGCUCUGCAAUGUCCAAUCGUUCUUUAAGAAACUCAACAAAAAGAUCCUGGCCAGUAGAAUAUGAAGGGAUCCGGAACCUUCGCACCGAGACGUCACAUCACUCUACAAACACUUCAUAAAAGAGAGAGGAACCCAAAGGGCACAUUUUAAAAGCAGACCUGGAACAGCAUUAAUAUAAAAUUCAUAUAGAAUCAAAUGUUCUAAAGGUUCUAGUUUCCUUUUUCUCUGAACAAAUGUUUCCUACAGAGGUUCUACUUGGAACAUUUUCUGAAAAGGAAAUCCUCUUGUGCUGCACAGAACUUUUAAGAGUUCUUUGUAGAGUUACUAACCUUUAAACAUUAGCAGGAAAACUGAAAGUGUAAGAAAUCAGUGUGUAAAAAGUUUAAAUGUUUUGAUGAGGAACCCUGAAGAGAGACGAGGGCAAGUUCUGCAAAGUACACUUCAGUUUUUAGAAAAAAAAUCUUUUAAUCUUUUUAGCCUUAUAGCUUAAAGUUCCAGUUCAGGCUUCAUUCCAAAUAAGUUU